GUCACCAUCAGUCAGAAGGAAUCCUGUUGUAAGGAUCAAAAAGUCAAAGCUGCUAAGUACAUUGGCUGCACCAUUUCCCUUCUCUGGGUCUUGUACAUAUUGAUACAUUUCAUUUUCUUUGUGAAUCCACUCAUCCAAAGUUAUUGUAACAAUGUGACAGGAAAACAAGAUUUUGGACACUGCUCUAUUGCAGGGCGGGAUGGAAUCAGUGACUCACUCUAUGCAGCAUUGGUGGUGUGCCCUGAAAUCUGCUUUUCAUUGCUCAUGGCCAGGUCUAGUGGCUCCCUGAUUGUCUUUCUUUACAAAAACAAACAGAGUGGUUCCAGCAGGACCUCCCCUGAGUCCAAAGCCACCCAGAACAUCCUGGCACUGGUGUCUACCUUUCUGGCUUUUUAUACUGUCUCUGCUAUCUUACAAGGCUGUUUGGCUCUUUUGUAUAAUCCUAGUUGGUGGCUGGUGAACACCAAUCGUGUCACUUCUCUGUGUUUUCCUUGUUUUGGACCCUUUCUUCUUAUUAAUCAUUACUCCAUGGUUUCAAGACUCAGUUUCGUCUGUAUGAGGAAUAGAAACUCAAUUAUUCUUAAAUAA